AUGGAUACGGAAAUGGGGAUUUUUAACUCGACUUUCCGGGAGAAUAUUGCUUACGGGCAUUUGUACGGGACGUUGAGUCAGGGAGGGGUGAUUAAUCAGCAGUGGACGAUGCGGGAUGUGGUGAUUCCGCUGGUGAUGGAGGAGUGUGCGUUUGAGAGGAAUGUGGCGGAUUUCGGAGCGGUGGGGUACUUUGAGGGGCAUGUGACUGUGAGGCGGUCGCGGCAUGAGAGGAACGAGGCGCAGUUCCGAUAUGGAGGAGCGUACUACGCCACCAUGAGCACCACCAUAGAGGAUUCUCUCUUCGCACACAACACAGUGCUGCAGGACGGCGGGGCCAUCGCCACAGCAGGCCUAAUGGGCACGGUGGUGCGCGGGUGUGUGUUUCGCAACAACACUGCCAUCUCUGGAGAGGGCGGCGCGAUCUUCGUUCUCGAUGGCACGGAGGGAGCAGUGGAGGUGGAGGGGAGUCGCUUUGAGGGCAACACAGCGCCGGCAUCCAAGGGAGGCGCCAUCUCUGCUGCCUCUGCUCGCCUCACCCUCGCCCACACCACCUUCCACUGCAACCGUGCUCUUGUGAAGGGCGGUGCUGUUGCAGUUUCCCACCCUACUUCUCCUCCCACCGACAGCAACACCACCACCACCGGCAGCAAUGCCCCAUCCCCUCUCCCAACAGCGCACUUCUCCAACGUGACCUUUGGGGGCAACAGCGCCACGCUGGGGGGAGCAGCGCUGCAUCUGGGCAUGGCGGCGCGCGCUGCACUCGUGGGGUGCCGCAUGGAGGGCGGGCAGGCGAGCAACGGCGGCGGUGUGAUGCUGGAGGAGUUUGCACAGCUGCAGAUGGCACGCUCUGAGUGCACUGGGAACAGAGCCCCAUCCGGGGGAGGGUGCAUCUCCAUGAGUGAGCUGGCCUCCGUCUAUCAGAAUUCCUCUCUCCCUAUUCUUUUCCCUCUCUCCCUCCUCUUCUCCUCUUGCAGUGCGCCAUCCGCCAUCCGGGGGAGGGUGCAUCUCUCCAUGAGCGAGCUGGCCUCGGUUAAUAAUGCCCCAUCCGGGGGAGGGUGCAUCCAUGAUGCGCCAUCCGGCGGAGGGUGCAUCUCCAUGAGCGAGCUGGCCUCCGUUACAAUCACAUCCAGCAACGUCACGUCCAACCAGGGCGGCAACAAGGGCGGCGCCAUCCAAGCCACGGGGCAGACCCGGCUGGUGAUUGUUGAUUCCCAUUUCUUCAACAACUCAGCCAUGGAUGGCGGCAUGCUCUGGGCCGAGAUGGACUCCGUGCAGCCCUCCGUCCCUGCUAACCCUCUUGCCUUCCUUCGCUUCACUCCUUGGCACCCCCACCAUCUAGGGCGGCGCCCUCUGCUGCAUUCAGCACGCGCGCUGCACCUCUGGUUACCCUAUUCCCACCCACCUCCCCUUCCGCUCCGUUCUUCCCGUGCCCAUGCCCGUAUGUAUCCCCCACACCAGGUGCACAUAUCCUCGUCAGUCAUCGCCCGCAACACAGCCACCAUCCAGGGCGGAGUUCUCUACCUCAUUCAGAACGCGCGCCUCUCGCCUAAUUCCCCUCCUACCCCCUCUCGUACUCCAACCCCCCCAAUCCUCCCCCGCCCCCCACACCAGGUGCACAUAUCUUCUUCAGUCAUCGCGCGCAACACAGCCACCAUCCAGGGCGGGGCCCUCUACCUCAUUCAGAACGCGCGCCUCUCGCUGCUCGCCUCCUCCCUGCGCGCCAACACUGCGGCACGCGGCGGGGCCAUCCUCGCCGAAGGGGGAGUCCGGCUGCUGGUCUCUGUGGGGGUGCACAUAUCUUCUUCGGUCAUCGCCCGCAACACAGCCACCAUCCAGGGCGGGGCUCUCUACCUCAUUCAGAACGCGCGCCUCACGCUGCUCGCCUCCUCCCUGCGCGCCAACACUGCCGCACGCGGCGGGGCCAUCCUCGCCGAAGGGGGAGUCCGGCUGCUGGUCGCCGGGGGAACCGUAGGCGGGUCAGGUAGCAAAACGCCCGGUGGUGCUGCAGUCUUUGAAGGGAACUCACAGCAUGCGGUGGUGCUGCAGGGGCAGGCAGUGGGGUCUUUUUAG